AUGGACCUCCCUGCCGCCGUCAAAAAGGCACUCGAGGAGGAGGGCUGGCGAGUCGAUUGGGGUGCAGAAGCCCUGGCAGAUGCCCUCGCUGACCUGGCAGGCGGGCCGGGCGGCAGCGGCGCCCCCCUGACUGCCGCCGACGCGCGCGGCACCUUGCUAGACCUCGACUUGCGGAAGGCGAGCGGCCACUGCUGCCGGAAAGCCGCUGCUU